AUGCGAAUAUUCCGCACACAGAAGCCCAAAGCUCCGACUCCAAAGUCGCCUGGAAUCGUAGAUGCCAGCAUGGGCAUUGGAACCACGGUCGGCUCGCGCGAUCUGUCGGCGAGGAUAGAGCCCUAUACGUUUGGACAUUCUUCAACUCCUCCUCCAAUUCCCUAUCCAGCAGCUCAUCAGCCAAGGAGCGCCUCGAAUAGCUCUCCACAUGUCCCAGACGUGGCGUCUGUACCCACCAGUGGCAAACCAGAUGGUUCGAUGGCUCCUCCUCCUGCCCCAGGAAGAAGACAUUCCCUGCGUGCUACAUCGUCAGAAGAGGAGCGCUGGGUCAUGGUCCAUGACAAUCCCAUUGACUCACGUUCAUCAUCCAUUGCAUCCCUGAUGCCAGGAGGAGCCGCCGCACCGUAUAAUUCACCUGCAUUUACGCAAACAUCCACGACCGUACCUAAUGCAAACACUGGCGUACAGCAGCAGCAGCAACAUCAUCCUGCCAGUCCCAUUCAGCCGCAACAACAGCAGCGAACAACCGCCGGUGCGACCAGGAGACCGCCAAACUCGUCAACUCCACGUCCAGAACAGCAACAGCAGGCAUUGAAUUCCGCACAGUCACCUCCAAAAUCAAACGGCCAUCCACAGCAUGUCGAGCGGACCCAUUACGAAAACCAAGAACGAGAGGGUUCAAUUCACUCCCAGCAGGACAAAAGCUGGACCCGUGGGCUGUUUGGAACAACUGGAAGUGGCAAAGAGCGAGAGCGCGAAGCAAACGCAGAGUUGAUGCGCAUGAUCGGCUUUCUCACUGCGGCAGCACCUGAUGAUUGGAGCCUCGUCCUCGAGGUUUGUGACCGUGCCUCUGCCAGUGAGAGUGCCGCCAAGGAAGCGUCGAAAGCCUUGAGACGCGAAUUCAAAUAUGCCGAGCCCUCCGCUCAACUCAGUGCCGCGCGACUCUGGGCCAUCAUGCUUCAAAACUCUUCCGAUGUGUUUAUUCACAACUUGGAAGAGGUUAUCAACGCGGAUACGACUUCGCCUGUCGUGCGCGAACGGCUGCUCGAUGUGCUGGCCUCUGCAGCUUACGAGUUUGGAAAGAAGCCGGGGAAAGAGGGCUUUGCGACAACGUGGCGACGAGUACGGCCAUCAUGGAAGCCACCAGAGGGUGUCCCAUUCGAGACGGUCGAAGGCUUGUUUGAUUCUGCGUUCCCUCGACGGACGGCUGCUGUACAGCCGCCCACGGAGCGACGCGAUGACCGAGACAGGACGAAGCGUGAGAGGGAUCGAGACAAGAUGUUGCUUCAACAGCAGAUGCAGCUCGAUGCGAUACAGAAUCGAGGGUAUCGCAAUCAUGCGACGCCACCGGUUCCAUCACGCAAGGACCGAGGCAUAAUCUCGCCCGAGGAGGAUAUCCGCCGACUAUUCGAGGAGUGCAAGGUGGCAAAAGAGAAUGCAAAUGUUCUCAGCAGUGCUCUCAGCUCGGUUGAUAGAACGACAUUUGCUACCAACCCUGUCGUUCAGGAGUUUUACAAGAAAUGCCGCGCCUCCCAAGAGCUGAUUGUUGCUCAAAUCCCAUGGGCGAGUGCCGGCGCAGAACGAUCUCGUAUAGCUGCGAUGCAAAAGAGAGCUGCAAAGGAUUCCGGAAGUGACGGUGGACCACAGGGCAAAUUGACGAAGAGAAACCGCGACGGACGUGUACAACCGCAAGCCGAGGGCGCUGGCGAUCCCGAUCAGACAAGGGAGGAGAUGCUACUUGGCGAUCUCUUGGCUGCUAAUCAGGAGAUUGUCGAAGUUUUCGCAAUCUACGAACAAUUCGAGACCAUGGCCAAAAUGGAACAGGAGGCACGCGAAGGUGUCAAGAGAAGCAUCGACCAUCAUGAUCUAGCACAAAUACACCUCACUCUGCCGGAUGGGUCGGUUGUGACCGAGCCUCCAUCCACUCGGGCGACGAACUCUUCACGAUCACCUUCGCCAUCAAUAGUGACCAAUGUACCUCAACCGACCAACCCAGCAUCUAUGCCCCACUCUGCCACCACUGCAAGAGUUCAAGGAGGUCGCGAUUUACCCCACCCGCCCAACCAAUCCGGAGACAUGCUCAAUACGCAUCCAGCUGUAGCCCAACCAAGACUCAAUACUUAUCAACAGCAGCCCGUAUCACAGAGCCCCAUGCCGUCUCCGAUGCAGCACAUGGCUCCUCAGCAACCGCCCCAGGUGCAAUCAGUGCACACUCAGCCCAAGACUCAGCCCUACCACUCGCAUCAUUCCUCGAAUCACUCGGUGAAUAGCGCAUAUGGUGGUCAAACACUAAACCUCCCGCCCUCGGCACCGCAUGGACCUCGACAGCCCUCAAACACACGAUCCAGGACGCCGUCUCCCGACCGAAGCGGUGACUAUUCUGCCGGUAGUACACCACCAACAGCCGGAACGCCGACGAAUGGGAUGGAUUACCCCCCGCCUUCGCAUCCACCUCCACAUUUGGCUUCGCAAGGACGGACGGAGUCUCCCGCACCGGGGAGUGUUCCACCAGGACUUCAAAACUUUGGUGGGAUGCGGAUCGACAUGGACGCUGCCCGAGGCUACGCUGGUUCGGACGGAGAAAGCGAGGAUCAGAUCAUGACACCCAUACGACCGAGCGCAAAGGCACUUGGAAAGCGACGAGCCGAAGUAGACACCCCAAUAGAUGACGAAGAACUUGAGCGCCGCGAAGAGGCGGAGAUGGAACAAGCAGUCAUGCUCUCGACGAUUGCUCCUGGCGCAGAGACGCUUGAUCGACCGGCCAAACCGAUUCAAUAUGUCUACGACGCCGCUGCGGAGCGCGCAAAGGAGCUCGAUGCGAUGGAGAGGGAGGAGCGACUGAGAAGGCAGCAGACCAGGAGUAGUAUGCAGAGAGUUCACCCAUCUGCUGGAGGUGGCUCGGCUGCAGGUGCGGCUCCUGUUGCUCCUGCUGCACUGUCCUCUGCGACCCAGCCUACCGGGGCGAUGAACGCUGGUAGAUAG